AUGUUAGAAAGCAUCAACAUUCCUGACAUGAAAUUAAUCCAACUCUGAAGGACGUGCUUAUGCACUUAAAAUAGUUCCAUUCUCUUGGCGAGUAUGUAUUACAAGUAGCGGAUAGAUGUGUCUUUUUGCGUCUGUUGAUAACAAGGGUUUUUUUUCCCAUGAUUCUAAACUGAAUGCCUGAGGAGUUGCACAAUAAGUUUGAGAAAGGGUCCGUUUUUAUUGGCUUCUCUGUUUUCCACCCCCUGUUGUAAGGUAACUUAGUUUAUCCCAAUAUGGCUGUCCUGCAGUGAGUACAAAAGAUGUGAAACUUGACAAGGUGACUUCGAAGUGAUGGAUUUUAAUGGCAAGCCAAUUAUCUUCUGUGAAUAUGAAGAUGAUUUCACCUUAGGAGAUGCUUAUGAUGAAGGCCAUCAGCUGGUCCUAGGAAAUGAUGGGAUUUUUCUUCUGUCCUUUUUCAUAGCUUUCGUAUUUAACUGGAUUGGAUUCUUUUUAUCCUUCUGCUCAACCAAUACCAUUGCUGGGAGAUAUGGUGCCAUUUCUGGGUUUGGAUUGUCCCUUACGAAGUGGAUUCUCAUUGUUAGGUUCUCUGAUUAUUUUUUCGGUUAUUUUGAGGGGAAUCUAUGGCUCUGGUGGAUUUUUCUGGCUGUCGGGAUCUUGCUUUUCACAAGUGGUUUCAUCAAUUAUGCAAAAGCUCGGAAAGUAGCUUCAAGGAUCGCCAGUUUGAAAAAGUCCAGGUUCCUUUUCAUCUUCUGAUGAUAUAUGCUGACCUACUUCCUCUCACGUUGGCAAGCUUCACUCUUUGGUGAAAAGAACAACUGCAAGAAUCACAGAUUUCAGAUGAUGAAUGAAUAAGUUGCAAAGUUAUUUCGAUUUGAUGGACGUGGCCUUCCAAGCCACUUGAAAAACUUCUGUUGGGUACACUGUGCUUUCUGAUUGUGCUCCUUUUCAAUGUUUUGACAGAAACCAUGUAAUCUUCAAAUACAUCGCUUUUAGCUUCAGUAAAAUGUAAUUUAGUUUAGAGAUACAGUGCGGAAACAGGCCAUUUCCGGCCCAUCGCCGACCAGCGAUCCCCGCACAUUAACACUAUCCUACACCCACUAGGGACAAUUCUUUUCUACAUUGACCAAGCCAUGUAACCUACAAACCGAAGAUCUCGGAGAAAACCCACGCAGAUCACGGGGAGAACGUACAAACCCCGUAUAGACAGCACCCGUAGUCAGGAUCGAACCCCAGUCUCCGGCACUGCAAGCGCUGUAAGGCAGCAACUCCAACACUGUGCCGCCAUUGAAACUAUAUUGGUCAUUUGAUUGUUCAAGAAGGAACUGCAGAUGCUGCUAAGAAGUGUUUCAAAAUUGCUUAAUGAUCUUUCAUCAGGAGAGGGCACUGUUGCUUCUUGAAAGGCUAAAUAAUCUGAGACCAAAACCAACAGGUUUUAUAUAUAUAUAUGCAAAAUAAGAAACUGCAUAUGCUGGUUUAAACCGAAGAUAGAUACAAAAUGCUGGAGUAACUCAGCGGGACAGGCAGCAUCUCUGGAGAGAAGGUAUGGGUGACGUUUUGGGUCGAGACCCUUCUUCAGACUGGAUUUAUAUGCUGCAAGUUUGAAUAUAGACCGGUCACUUGUGAAAUAGCAUUCAUUUUCCAGAUGCUUACCGCUGCACAGAAAUGUAUAACAAACUUUAAAUUAAACAUUUGCAGUCAGACUUUAGAAUUGUCUAGAUUAUUAUUUUACAGUUAUUAUGUAAUAAUGACAUAAACAGUUGGCUAUUAUGACUGUGGAUAGAAAUCUCUGCAAACAACUGGAUAAUGCCUGAGUAUGUUUCACUUGAUAGUACAGAGGUUUACAUGGUGAAUAUUUGGCAGUAUCACAAGUAUCCCAUAUUAAUGCCUCUUGCGUGUGAUCCAGUCUGUGUUGUUGUGGCACAACAUGGCUGUAACGAUAUGCAGGUCUUUACAUCUAAUAGUUGCAUUCCUCAAUUAGGGAAGAAGAAAUUAAACAAUGACCCACUCCUGAUCCAUGCCUUGAAAUCCCCGUUGAAAAUGUACAUCUGCAGAGUUUAGGUCGAGUUUAGGUCUCUAGAAUUUAGGAGAUUGAGGGGGGAUCUUAUAGAAACUUACAAAAUUCUUAAGGAGUUGGACAGGCUAGAUGCAGGAAGAUU